AGAGAGAGAAAACCAAGAGAGAGAGAGAGAGAGAGACAACCCCAAAUUUGGCCUCUUUUCCCCUCCAGUUUCUAGUGUCACUUAUGAAACAGUCCCAGUUGUAGAGCUCAUCGUUGUUUUCCUAUAAGAAACACUGGCUGUAGCCCCUACUUAGUGCUGUCCCAGGCACCGUGUUCCAGGAGGUGUGCAAACCAGCCUGCCCCUUCCUCCAGCAUCCUUGCCCUGCCUUAGUUGUCCUGGCCUUACAGACUUUUGAGCCAUCCCGUCCUUUGGUGCUUUGGUUUCCAUCUGAGAAGAGACUCAGCCUGACUACGGAAGAGCAGCUUGGAGGAGGUACUAUGCGGGAGCUGAGCCUGCUCUACUGGGCGGUUCUCCUGGGCCUGGUGCAAGCCUGUCCUGAGCCCUGUGACUGUGGGGAGAAAUAUGGCUUCCAGAUCGCUGACUGUGCCUACCGUGACCUGGAGGCCGUGCCCCCUGGCUUCCCAGCCAACGUGACCACACUGAGCCUUUCAGCCAACCGGCUGCCAGGCCUGCCAAAGGGUGCCUUCCGGGAGGUGCCCCUUCUUCAGUCACUGUGGCUGGCACACAAUGAGAUCCGUACAGUGGCUGCCGGUGCCCUGGCCCCUUUGGGUCAUCUCAAGAGCCUGGACCUCAGCCACAACCUCAUCUCUGAGUUUGCCUGGAGCGACCUGCACAAUCUCAGCGCCCUGCAGUUGCUUAAGAUGGACAGCAACGAGCUGGCCUUCAUCCCCCGAGAUGCCUUCCGCACCCUCCGUGCCCUGCGCUCACUACAGCUCAAUCACAACCGCCUGCAUGCUUUGGCUGAAGGCACCUUUGCACCACUCACUGCACUAUCCCACCUGCAGAUCAACGACAACCCUUUUGACUGCACCUGCGGUAUCGUGUGGUUCAAGACGUGGGCCCUGGCCACGGCUGUGUCCAUCCCAGAGCAGGACAACAUUGCCUGUACAUCACCUCAUGUGCUGAAGGGCACCCCACUGAGUCGCCUGCCACCCCUGCCUUGCUCUGCACCCUCGGUGCAGCUCAGCUACCAGCCCAGCCAAGAUGGGGCUGAACUGAGGCCUGGCUUUGUGCUGGCACUCCACUGCGAUGUGGAUGGACAGCCAGCCCCACAGCUUCACUGGCACAUCCAGACCCCCAGUGGCACCGUGGAGAUCGCCAGUCCUAACGUGGGCACCGAUGGACGUGCUUUGCCUAAUGCUCUAGCAGCCAGAGGGCGGCCACGCUUCCAGGCCUUUGCCAAUGGCAGCCUGCUCAUCCCUGACUUUGGCAAGCUGGAGGAGGGUACCUAUAGCUGCCUGGCCACCAAUGAGCUAGGUAGUGCUGAGAGCUCUGUGAAUGUGGCACUGGCCACUCCAGGAGAGGGAGGAGAGGAUGCACUAGGACGCAGGUUCCACGGCAAAGCGGUUGAGGGAAAGGGCUGCUACACGGUUGACAAUGAGGUGCAGCCAUCCGGGCCUGAGGACAACGUGGUCAUCAUCUACCUCAGCCGUGCUGGGCCCCCUGAGGCUGCAGUAGCAGCAGAAGGGAGCCCUGGGCAGCAGCUGCCCAGCCUGCUCCUCCUGGGCCAGAGCCUCCUUGUUCUCUUCCUUGCUUGCUUCUAGCCACACCCUGCAUGGCUGGCUGGAGCAGUCCCAGGGCCUCCCUAACUCCUCCUGACUCUGCCAAUGUUCCUUCUAAGUACCAUAGGGCCUGGAGUUGGCAAGGCCUGAGGCUGGCCUGGGGACUUCACAUAUUCCUACCUCCCCAUCUAAGCUCUUCCAGGCCACCCACUACUCCAUCUUGUAGAUCUGCUCUGCUCAGAGCUAGCGACUAGGAUUAGAACUGCAUCCCAGAACUCACCGUCUGGUGCUAAUUGCUGCUAACAGCAUUGCCCAUGCCCCCACCAGGGGCAGCAUGCUAACAGGGCAACAGUGAUGCCCUAACCUGACCUACCCACUGGGAAUUCUAGGCACUGGGAUGAGAAACUGGGGAGGCCAUCCAGGUGGGUACUGGGACUGGGCUGGAAGAGUCUGGAGUGGCCAGCACAGGAGCCAAUAAGAAGGCACCACAGACAAGGGCUGGGAAGGGCUUAGAGGCUCUCCUGGCCCCUGGUGUCCUCUGGUGGAGAUGUGGGACUCCCUGGCUGGGCCUCCUUCUCCUCUCACCCCAAAUCCCCCAACCUGUGCCUACCUCUUGGGACACCUACCCCUCCUUUCUCUUUAAGUAUACAUCUAUUAGUCUGCCUCUCCAAAGAGGCCAGCAAAUCUGGGGUGGCAGAGAAAUAAAAGCAUUUCUGAUGCUC